CCUCAAGACCUCAAGCUAGACGUGCCCUUCUCUCUGCCCAACCUCUCACCUCUCCCUGCUCUGUUUCUUCUCACCUCCGGCACCUGCUCCACCUGCUCCCUUGCCUGCGGACGCCAUGACGGGCGCGCCGCUGCAGAGCCUGCAGCCGGCGCAGACGCCGAUGCGGCCCUCGGCCGUCAGCUCGCUGCUCAAGACGCCGGCGCGCACGCCUGGCGGCGGCCUCGAGCAGACGAGCUGCACGCCCGUCAUCGACAUUGCCCGCCUCGAGGCGGCCAAGGAGAACAUCACGCGCUCGGCGGCGGGCCGCAGCGCCGUCGCUCUCUCCUCGACGCUUGCGCUGCCGCCGUCGGAGCGUGCGCGGGCGCUGUCUGAGCGCGCCGUCGAGUUCGAGCUCGAGUGCUCCAGCGCCACGGCGUCCGGCACCGAGGUCGACGACCCGCUCGAGCCGUGGACGCGCUACGUGCAGUGGGCGCUCGACUCGUAUCCGGCGCACGCGCCGCGCCUUGUGCAGCUGCUCGAGCGCGCCACGCGUGCCUUCAAGGGCCACACUCGCUACGCCCAGGACGUGCGCUACCUGCGCCUCUGGGUGCAGUACGCACGCGUCUGCGACAAGCCGCAGCACAUCUUCCAGUUCCUGCUCGCGCAGGAGAUCGGCACGGCGCUGGCAGCGCUGUACGAGGAGCUGGCGCUGGUGCUGGAGAACGUCGGCAGCUACGACCAGGCCGACAGCACCUACAAGCUCGGCAUUGCCCGCAGCGCUGAGCCCGUCGACCGCAUCCGGCGCAAGUACCGCGAGUUUCAGGCGCGCGUCACCGCAUCAACAGCGAUGGACGCCGCUGCCGGUGAAGCGCCGCCCUUCCGCGCCAUUCUGGCCGCUGCUAUGGCCUCGGCCGACCGCUCGACCCUUGGCGAGCGUGUGCAGAGCAACGGGCGCUCAGCCGGCGUCGGGCCUAGCAGGUCCGCAAACGUCGUGCGGGGCCUUGGCGGCAACGCCGGACUCGCAGGCUCGCGGCUCAUGCCUGCACAGAACAACGGACGGAAGCUGGACGUGUUCCGCGAUGACGACAUCGUCAGCGCCGGUGGUGGUCCAGCUGGCUGGGACGAGCUGGGAUCGCAGGCUGUGCGCGGCCAGGAGGCGACUGGCUCGACGGCGCGUCCAUGGAAGGGCGAGGUGCUGCCGCAGCGCGCGCCCAAGCGCCCCCUUGCUAUGCCGACACCAUCGCGCGACGAGGGCCGCGCUCUCGCCGUCUUCAAGGACAGCGACGAGGAAGACACGCCUCCGCGGAAAGCUGCCGUCGCGAAGGGCCUCUUUGCGGAGAGCGAGGAGGACAAGGCUGCGCAGCGGUUGCGUGACGAUCCUCUGGCCUUCUACGGAGCGGACACAAAACGCAGUCUCACCGAGGCGGAAGUGCGAGCUGCGCGAGGCGCAGCACGCUCGGCAGUGCCUUCGCGCUCACGCCGCGAAGCCGCGCCUGCCGCUGCCGCUUCGAAGGCCCCGACUGGCAAGCGCGAGGAGCGCCUCAAGCUGCCCGUGCACAUGAUGUACAGGCUCGCGCACGUCGACGCCUACUCGACACCACCUGCAGGCGUCGACGCCGGCGAGAUGUCGGUCGAAGAGCUGAUCGCGCUGCAACGAGGCAUCGAGCUGGACGUGCACAAGGAUCCGUGGGCGCAUCUCAACGACUUCAUCGGCGUGUGGCUUCCUCGGCCUCUCGAGGAGCCUGAGGUUGAGCAAGACGCCUUCGACGACGAUGUUGAGAUGGAGGUGGACGAGACGCAGGAGUCGCUGCAAACCGCAGGUCCCGCCUCGCCACCAGCCGUCGCGCAAGCUGUAUACGAUUCACCAGAGGCAAAGCGACCUGCCUCGCCGCCAGCUGCCCCGUCUCCGCGCGCUGCCCCGCCGCCGUCCGCAUUUGCCGCCGAAGAGGACAGCGACGAAGAGCCAGCACCACGAGUGCGGCGACAGGGAGGCCGACGGAUGGGCGAGCCGACGGUCACCAUGGUCACGGCGGCUGCGCUCGCCGAGGUCAAUGGCUACUUCAACGAGGACGAGUCAAGCGACAGCGACGACUCCACCGACGAGGACGACGAGGACGAGGAUGAGCUCCUGCCGCUGGCGCAUCGUGCGCCUGCAAGCAUGCUCUCGGGCUCUCGUGAUGUGCCGCCGACACCGACGCCGAUGGCACGCCACGUUCCGGCUCCCGCCAUGCAGGCUCUGGCACCGGCAGCUGCGCCGGAGCAAGUUGCAGCACCGCAGCCUUCUUUCGCGCCCGCAGCAGUGCCUGCGACACCAGCCAAGAGCGCGUUCGGCGCCAGCUCCGGCGCGGUGCGCAAGCCGCUCGCUGCUGUGCCACGUCUCGAGACCGAGAUCGCUGCGUCCCGCGCCCAGCGUGUCGACCCUGGCGCCUUUGCCGAGGAGGACGAGGAGUCGGAGUCGGACGGAGAGGCCGAGGCUGAGCUCGACGGCAACGGCAACCCGCUGCACGAGCACAUGUUUCACAACCUCACGCGCGUCACCGAGGUCACGGAGAUGACGCGCUUCACGAUGGCCAACCGUACGCCCGGCCACACCACCAGUCGCACGCGCGACAGCAGACGCUCGCAGAUCGACUCUCGCAUCCUCGAGGCCGCAGAGGACAGCGUGCUGCGCGAGCAGGUCGGGGGCGACAUGCUCCUGCUGGACCGCAGCGCCGCCGCUCCGGCCGACAUCGACCGCUCGUGGGCAAGCAGCAGCGGGCAGGAGGGUGAGGGCGAGCUCAGUGGCUCGCUCGACUGGGACCGGCAAAAGAGUGACCUGUCGAAAGGCUACACCAUUGCACGGGCGGCCGACGACCAGACGGGCCGGCUGGGCCACCAGCGCCUGGGAGAGACGCUCAUUCUCAAGGAGGACGAGGACGAAGACAGCAUCAGCGUGGUGCAGCCAGCAUCGCCUGCGCUGCAGGCCGCUGCAAUCCCAAAUCCCUGCUCUCCUUGCGAUCCGGACGUCAUCUCCGCCAUCCUAGCCGGCCUCGAGCUGCCACUGGAGAGCUCGCCGGACUUCGUCGACCUCUCGUCUCAGCCUGCAGAGGGUCGCCUGGCUGCGCUGCGCAAGCGGUCGAAGGCGCACAUGCGCCGCUCGACAGCAUCGUCUGGAGCAUCGUCGUCGACCAAGGAGUGGAAGGUCGACAUCGAUGGCCACCCGUUCCUUGUGCGCGCCCUCCUCGGCGAAGGCGGCUUUGGCUCCGUCUUCCUUGCGGAGGACGUGACUGGCUGCGCGCCGCCGAAGCGCAAGGCCAUCGGCGGCGUUAUGGGCGACUCAUCCUUCUCGAACGGCCUCGCCGACCUGUCCAUCGACUCUGAGGCCGAGGAGGACGAGGAGGAGGCGGAGCGCAAGCGGCUCGUCGCCGUCAAGGUCGAGUCGCCGCCGAACCGCUGGGAGUUCUACAUCCUCGGCCAGCUGCGCGCCCGUCUCGAUGCUGCGACGCUGAGCUCGAUCAUCAGCGCGCGCCGCUUCUACACCUACGCCGAUGAGUCCUUCUUGCUGCUCGAGUACGCGGAGAAGGGCACGCUGCUCGAUGUAGUCAACACUGCGGCCUCCGCCGGUGUUGCCAGCGCGAGCCUGGCAGCCGGCGGCAGCGGCGGGGGCCAGACGGGUGUCGACGAGGUGCUCGCAAUCUUCUUCACCAUCGAGCUGAUGCGCCUGGUCGAUGCGCUGCACUCGGCCGGGUUCAUCCACGGCGACCUCAAGAUCGACAACUGCCUGCUGCGUCUCGACGAAGCGCCGAGCGGGCAGACGUGGAGCAACGCCUACGCACGCGAUGGCUCGGCGGGCUGGGCGUCCAAGGGCAUCACGCUGAUUGACUUUGGCCGCGCCAUCGACGUGACGCGCAUGCCCGCCGGGCAGGGCUUCGUUGCCGACUGGAACGCAGACGAGCGCGACUGUCCCGAGAUGCGCGAGGGCCGGGCGUGGACGUACCAGCCGGACUACUUCGGCGUCGCGUCCGUCGCCUACUGCCUGCUCUUCGGCCGCUACAUCGAGACGGCCGCCACGACGGGCGAGGACGGCCGCACGCGCUACCGCAUUGCCCAGCCGCUGCGCCGCUACUGGCAGGUGGACCUCUGGGGCCGCCUCUUCGAUGUUCUCCUCAACCCGGUGUCUGUCCGUGCCGACGGCGCACUGCCCAUCACCGACGAGCUGCGCGAGAUCCGCGCCGACAUGGAGGAUUGGCUCGAGAUCAACUGCGGCAAGGGCGGCCGCCAUCUCAAGGGCUCGCUGCGCAAGCUCGAGGUCGCCGCGAUGGCACGCUCGCUCGCGUAGACUGCUCGCCUCCUUCACCUCUCUCACGACCCUCAUGAUUGGCUCACGCUCUAGACUCCCACUUAUUUCAAAUUACAACGCUGCCGCUCAGUCCCUG